AUGUCUUUUCUCAAAAAGCUAUUCUUUCUGCUGCUUGCUGCCAAUGCAGUUAUUAUUGGCUAUGACCAAUAUAACGGAGGACACGCGACACAGAACAUUAUUCAAAAAUUGAAUCAAGACAACUUUUAUUAUGUCUUGGACCAACUUAAAUCACCCGAAAAGAUCACUCCAUACGUCAACAACGCGCUUACUCAUCUUAAGGAUAUUAGCUCACCCCAAAAGAUCACUUCACACAUCAACAAUGCAUUUGCUCAACUCAAGGAUAUUAACUCAUUCGAAGACGUCAUUCAACUUGUUCGUGGUACUGCGCCUUCCAAGGCUGCUCUGACCUAUGAUGGUAACGUACUCGUGUUGACAGACGAUAACUUCAAAUUGGCCAUUGACGGUUCUCGUCCUGCCUUGGUUGAAUUCUAUGCUCCCUGGUGCGGUCACUGUAAGAACUUGGCUCCUGUCUAUGCUCAAUUAGGUGAUGCCUUUGCUCAUCAAAAGGAUAAGGUCAUCAUUGCCAAAUUCGAUGCUGACCAACACCGCAACACGGGUGCUCUCUAUGAGGUCAAGGGUUUCCCUACUCUCAAAUGGUUUCCUCAAGGCGUGAACUCUCCUGAGGGUGUAGAAGAUUACCGUGGUGGCCGUGACUUGAACUCGCUUGCUUCCUUUGUUCGCGAAAAAUCAGGCAUUAUUCCUCGUAUUAAGGCAAAGAAGUCAGACGUGGUCGAGCUCAACUCCAAGAAUUUCCAUGAGGUUGCCUUGAAUCCCAAGCAAAAUGUGUUGGUUGAAUUCUAUGCUUCUUGGUGUGGACACUGCAAGAACUUGGCACCUAUCUGGGAAAAGAUCGGUACUGCCUAUUCUAAUGUUGAAAACUGUGUUGUAGCCAAGAUUGAUGCUGAUAAGGAACGUGAUAUCGGCACUGAGUUUGACAUUUCUGGCUUCCCUACCAUCAAGUUAUUCCCUGCAGGUGAAAGUGAGCCUAUUCCUUAUGAAGGCGCUCGUACCGAAGCUGCUUUUAUUGAAUUCUUAAACAAGCACUGCAAGGCUCACCGCGCCGUUGGUGGUGGAUUACAGCCCACUGCGGGUCGUAUUCGUGACUUGGAUGAAAAGGCUAUCGAGUUUAUCAAGAACCCCGCUGCUCGUGAAAAGAUUCAUAAAGAGAUCGCAGAUAAGGUCAAGGAGCAUGCAUCACGUCAUGCCAGAUACUAUGCUAAAGUAAUGGAAAAAAUCCUUGCUCAUGGUGAAGACUUUUUACACAAAGAAAGAACGCGUUUAGCUAAUAUUGCUAAAUCUGAAGACGUGACCAACGCCAAGUUGGAUGAUUUUAAUAUUCGUAAGAAUAUUUUGGCUUCUUUUGAUAAGGAUGCCACUCCUGUUGAACACGAAUAA